AUGUUGUGGUUUCGGCAAGUGAUUCCGCGGAGGUCUCAAAUAAUCCGCAAAUGCUCGUCUUACGUGCAAGGACAGUCACCGCAGAAGGGCAUUCGUGAAUACUUCUACUUCAUAGACCACGAAGGACGCCUCUAUCUGGACGAUGCGCGGAUGAAGAACUUCACGUCCUGCUUCAAGGACAAGAAGUUCCUGCACUUCUUCUUCACGCGUGUCAAGUUCAAUGACAUCACGCGCUACGCCGAGACCUUUCCCUACUUGUCUCCGUGUGGCCGGGAGAGGAAUUUCAUUCGCUGCGACGAUCUGCCGAUUGUCUACACUCACGUGCUGGAUGACGGCAAGACGCUCUCCUGCAACCACAUUGGGGAGCUGCUCACGGUGCCCUUUCAGCCGGACAAGAUCUUCAUGUCUCCGGCAUCGGGCAGGGUGUACCAUCCGGCGGACGAGAAGUACGGCGCCAUUGGACUGAUCCGGUCGAAGCUGGCCAUCGAGUUGAGCAGGAAUUUCGACUUCCUGGACGGCGAAGCGCAUCCGCCGACGCAUUUCACGUGGAAUGGGGAAAAGCAUCUGCUCAACAGGCAGUGGGUGACCACAGCCAUCACCCAGAAGCCACUUUAGCCAGGAAAAAUGUGAUCGAAUGUUAAUUAUAGAAGCG